AUGCCAAGCGACCCUUCACCCGAGGAGCAGAAGAAGCUCGAUGCCGAGGCAAAGGCUACGGAGCAGGCCGAGCAGGCCGCUCUGCCCUACAAGUGGGACCAGACGAUCAAGGACCUCGACAUUACCGUUUCGAUCGAGUCAAAGUACAAGGGCAAGGAUCUGGAUAUCAAGAUCGCCAGGAACGCGCUCAAGGUCGGCAUCAAGGGCCAGGAGCCCAUCAUCGACGGCGAGCUCCCCCACCCCAUCCGUGUCGACGAUUCUACCUGGACCCUGAGCACCUCAGCCACAGGCAAGGAUAUCGAGAUCCACCUUGAUAAGGUCAACCAGAUGGAGUGGUGGGCGCAUGUCAUCACUUCAGCCCCAAAGAUCGAUACCAGCAAGAUCCAGCCCGAGAACAGCAAGCUUGGCGACCUGGACGGCGAGACACGGGGCAUGGUAGAGAAGAUGAUGUUUGACCAGAGGCAGAAGGAGAUGGGCAAGCCGACAAGCGACGAGCAGAAGAAGCUGGACAUCCUGGAGCAGUUCAAGUCGCAGCACCCCGAGAUGGACUUUUCGAACGUCAAGAUGGGAUGA